CCAGUUGGCCUGGCAGAACAGAUGAUACCAGGCUUUCUAGCGAUGCGGGCAUUGGGCAUGCGGUGCUUCAAACGGGAUAUCACCCCUUGGGUGAUCAAAGCUCUGUUCGCCGCAGGGAUCUACAAUAUGGGUAAACAUAUAUGGCAGUGGGCUACACCUCUAAUGGAGAAACAUCUCUUCACGUCAGUGUCGGUGACCAAUCACGAUGCACUCCAUGGGAAGGUGUCUAAUUGGGUAUCCGCGAUAGUUAGCACCAAGUCCGUCAAACACUUCUCCGCUAAGACUGGCAAUGCCAGCGCAAAGGCCGAAAUCAUAGAUACCAACGUGGAAGUCUCUUACUUUGGCGGCGAAAAGGCCAAAAUCAUGACUGCCGACGAGGAAGACGGUGGUGUAGUGCGGUUCCUCCCAGUGAAAGGCGGUUGCCAAUAUUUCUGGCACCGAGGUCGCCUCUUCAGGUACAAGAAUGAGGUGACUAGGAGAAACACUCAAAACAUCCAACUUCAUGAAGAAACAUUGACAAUCUCAUGCUUCAGCAGGAAUCCGAAGCACUUGCGUCAAUUUCUUGCCGAGUGCUGGCAGUUCAACGGCCCAGCCGCCUCGAAGACGACCAAAGUCCACUUCUUGGAGAAGUGUGUGCGUAGGUGCGAACUUAGUUACGACUGGACCAAGAUCGUACUUCGCCCAGCACGAUCACUGGCCACAGUCGAUCUCAACGAAAAGACCAAGCAGUCUGUCGUAGCCGAGGUCGCAGACUAUCUAUCCGCUGAGAGCCCCCAAUACUAUGCAAAACGAGGUAUCCCACAUCGUCGGGGUUAUCUUCUCUGGGGGCCACCUGGAACCGGUAAAACCUCUUUUUGCAUGGGAUUAGCUUCAAAUUUCAAGCUAGAUCUGUACGUCAUCCAGAUCCUUGGUACUCCGAUGGAUGACAAAACCCUGUUGGACGUCUUUGAGCUGCUUCCAAAACGAUGUAUCGUUUUGCUGGAAGAUAUUGACUCUGCGGGCAUCCGACGACAGCAGAUGAGAGACAAAAACGUGGAUCCUCGAGCCAAACCAACGCUCACCUUGAGCGGAGCCCUUAACGCCAUUGACGGAGCUUCGUCGCCAGAAGGACGUCUCCUGAUCAUGACAAGUAACGCCCCCGAAAACCUCGAUGAGGCGUUGAUACGCCCCGGUCGUAUCGAUCGCCAGGUUUAUUUCGGCCAUGUCGACAGGGAGGUCGCUUCUAGCAUCUUCAUGCGCAUGUUCAUCAAGUCCGCGGAGGAUCUGCGAAAGUCCCAAGAUGGACCUCUCGUUCUCAUCGAUAAUGAUGGUGAAGAUGUUAAGCUGAGACGGGCCGCUAGUCUCUUUGCUGGGAGCAUUCCAGAAGAUAAGAUUACGCCAGCUGAGUUGCAGAACUUCCUGCUCCAGCACAAGGAUAUGAAGGAUGCGCUUGCCAACGUGGAAGCAUGGGCUACAGCAAUAUGUGAAGCAAAGGAA